AGGGAGAGCCAAAGCCAGCAUGCUUUCUCUCUCUUAUCCCAUGUGCAGGCCCUCCUUGGUCCCGACGCCGAGUGCCCGGCCCCGUGUGUUGGCGGCGGCCAUGCAGACGGCCACCAUGUACGAGCUGUUGUCGGUGGCGGAGACGGCGGGGCAGGAGGAGAUCAAGGCGGCGUACCGGAGGGAGGCGCGGCGGUGGCACCCGGACGCGUGCCGCGUCGCGGGGAACGAGCGCCGAUACGCGGAGAGCUUCAUUCGGGCGCGCGAGGCCUACGAGGUGCUCUCCGAUCCCGUCCGCCGCCGCCACUAUGACCUCGCUCUCUCCGCCGACCGCGGGGCAGCCGCCAUCGGGGCCAACGCGGCGUCUCGCGCGGGCGGCGGCAGGGAGGGGGCCAGGGCCAGGAAGAGGAUCGAGGACUGGGACUGGGAGGGCCAGCUGCAGGGACUGCAGCGGCGGUCUGCGGCGGCGGCGGCCGGCGGAGAGGGGACGUGGGCCGGUCGGAUGCGGAGGGCCCGCCAAACCGAGCCGUCCAUUUGAUGGGUGGACUUUGGCGGCGUUCGUCAUUUGAAUCUUCAGCGAUUGCUGUCAGUGGCGAUCAUAAAUAAUAAUGCUUAACAUUAUUAAAAAUUAUAAUUAAAAAAAAAAAGAUGUCGUCUAUAUUAA